GUUUUCCUUGUGAGAAAAAUCAUUGGUCCUGAUGCUGGACAUCUUUAUGCCAUGAAAGUUCUAAAGAAGGCUUCCUUGAAAGUUCGAGAUAGAGUCCGCACAAAGAUGGAGAGAGAUAUAUUAGUAGAAGUAAAUCAUCCGUUUAUUGUCAAACUGCACUAUGCCUUCCAGACUGAAGGAAAGCUAUAUUUAAUAUUGGAUUUUCUCAGGGGAGGAGACGUGUUCACAAGAUUAUCCAAAGAGGUUAUGUUUACAGAGGAAGAUGUGAAAUUCUACCUCGCAGAACUGGCUCUAGCUUUGGAUCACCUCCACAGCUUGGGAAUUGUAUACCGGGACUUGAAGCCAGAAAACAUUUUGCUUGAUGAAGCAGGACAUAUCAAGUUAACAGACUUCGGCUUAAGCAAAGAAUCGGUUGAUCAAGAGAAGAAAGCAUAUUCUUUCUGCGGUACUGUAGAAUACAUGGCCCCUGAAGUUGUGAACAGGCGGGGCCACAACCAAAGUGCUGACUGGUGGUCAUUUGGUGUCCUCAUGUUUGAAAUGCUCACUGGUACUUUACCUUUCCAAGGUAAAGACCGAAAUGAAACUAUGAAUAUGAUACUCAAAGCGAAACUCGGAAUGCCACAAUUCCUUAGCCCGGAAGCUCAGAGCCUUCUGAGGAUGUUGUUUAAAAGGAAUCCUUCCAACAGGCUAGGGGCUGGUCCUGAUGGGGUUGAAGAAAUAAAGAGGCAUCCCUUCUUUUCAACCAUUGAUUGGAAUGUGAGUCUAUGAAAUAAAUCUGUACUCAGAGUACCAUUUUCGCAAGGACUCGGGUUUAACGUGAUGCUUGACAACUCUUGCAUAAUGUUGGGGAAUAAUUUGAGCAGGUAAAGGGGAAAAAAGCCAA